CACGAGGCAACUCUCGCAGCCACGAGAAGAGCCUUGUCCUCGACGUGCGAGCUUGUUCCUUGUUCAGAUCGAUACUCGCUUCUCAAAGUGGAUCAUGUACAUUGAUAGCCAGUUUCUUUUGGGAUGAUCUGACAACACCUGCAGGACGCACCUUCCUGUCAUCAAGCAACACGGAUGGGGAUACAAUGUGCAACCAUCCCCAGACAUGGUGAUCGUCCAACGGGAAGGGCCUGCUAUCUGUAUCCGGAGUCACCGGCUUUUACCGGAAGUGACCCAGUGCCACAUUUCCUUGAAAGAAGUGGAAGCAGCAACCAGCUUUGUUAGCAUCUUCCCUCGCGACCCAUUAAGCACGAGUGCGAGUUGACAAGUGUUGUGCAUUGGGGUCAAGGGGAGACUUGAGGCUAUUCGAUAAAAGCUUCCAAAGUCUAUAAUUUUGUGCUUUGUGUAAGUGACUGAGAGCGGUUAACGGUGCUGCUUGGCGAGGAAUAUAUAACCAGACAGGCCAUGGUUGCCAAUACCCUACAGGGAGACGAACAAAGGAAGAGCAGGGCGAGAGCUUCAAACAAAACCCAGUCUUAAUGCGAGCGAGUGACGUCCGUCUUGAACCAGAUUAGUACCAGGCAACGUAUGUCAAUACAUUGAAGGGUCUAGCGCUGAUGAAGUGCACUUGUUUGUUAAGAAACAAUCAUUUGAAUUUCCGCUUUCCGGGAACAAUAAUGGUGUCGAUUAGUGUCAUUAAAACGUGUGUUAAGUGUGUGCUUGGGAAGAUAGCUCUUGGAGAGGUUUUUUUAUAAAAAAAAACCUUUUGUCGUCGUCCCCAACACAACAAAUGUCUCACGAGAUCACCUCUUGCCAUUAACGCUAUACCUCAUCUGCUAGUUCGGAACAAUUAAUGUAUAUAUAUAUGGACAUGGUACUUCCUUGUACGGAUUAAAGAUCGGUACGUGACCGGUGAAGGUUUAUUCAAGGACUUAUCAAAUUUACGUGUGUGCAGGACGUGAAUAUUCUUACAUUCAUCCGCGGAUAUACACACUGAAACACGCCACGUUCCGUUGCAACGCUGGAAUGACCUGCUAUAUUAUCAAGGUGUUUAAGGCUUGUGCCCAAGGUAUUUGUUCAAGGAGUGUGCCAAAGGCAUUUAUUCAAGGCGUGUAAUCCAAGUCAUUUAUUCAAGGCGUGUAUCCAAGAUAUUUGUUCAAGGCGUGUAUCCAAGGUUGUUCAAGGCGUGUAUCCAAAGUUUGUUCAAGGCGUGUAUCCAAGGCAUUAUUCAAACUCUUCAAGUUUCUGUAUUCUGCUGAGUCAUUGAGCAUCACUGAGAUCUUUUGUACCACUGAAGUCUUCCGUCUCCGCGUUCACGGCGUAGUCCGACAAUGCUAUUCAUGUUUUUAGAAUAUCUUUGAAACAUUGCAUUCGGGAUAAAUGUUUGACACACUUCAAGAUACCGCACAAGGCUUGUCUGAAGAGAAAUGUGGCAUGUUUAAAAGCAUCAUGAUUGCAGGAGACCCUAACGACUGUGCCGUGCUAUUUUCGUACACAUAGGUGUUUUAACAUUCAAACUGAAGAGGAGGAAAAUUAUACAUAGGAGGAUACCACAUAACUAACACGGACGUCACAACUGACAUUUAGAGACAACAUAUAAAAAUAUUGUCUUCUCAAGAUAUCGCAAUAACACCGGAUAAGUGAGUUUGACAAGGAUUAAAAACUGACUCCUAGAUGUAUGUUGCAAUUUUUUAAAAUGUCAGACGUUCCGAAGCUGUCAAUAGAACACGAGAUUUAAUUAGUUGAUUUUGCAACCAGUGGGAUUACAUUAAUGACGAAUGCACUUUUAUUGAAUUCCAAAUGGUCAGAUUAUUAUCGUGCAAAGAUACCUCACAUCGCCUGCUAAAGAGCUGGGAAAUAUCAACAGGCGUUGUAAAGGUUGUCUUGAAUAAUUCCUCCUCCAACACAAUGAAUCAGUGAAUAAUGAAAUCUUAUCAGAAUUGAUGGAUAUCGAGCCUGUGGAAUGUGCAAUUCAUUUGAUGAGGAAAUUCCCUGAGUCUUGAGUGUUUAUAUUUAACUGAAGUUGACGGUUUGCCACUACAGACCAGAGCGCUGCUCAAUACGGAUUCUGGCCCACGAAAUGGUGCAUUGACAAGACUUAAGGUUGUAUCCAAUUAAACCAGACAGGAUUUUCAAUCGUAUAAGCUCAAAGUUGGAACGAAUGCUAAACCAUGUGUUGAUAAAUGCCUAAAAAUGCGCAAGCUGUGUCCAGAAACAUCUAGAGUGUGGAAAUAUGACGGCCGUGUAGAGUAACACAAUAAUAUCACAUCUGGAUGAGAAGAAGUCUAUCAUAUCACAUCCAUGGCUACAAACGUCCCGGUGAGUGAGUGAGUCACAGUGUGAGUGAGUGAGUGAGUGAGUGAGUGAGCUCCGAUGGGGUGUCUCCUCACUCUCAUAAUGAACAGCUCACGGAACAUAACGUCGUCGAUGCCGCCGGAACAGACGCUGAUAUACACCAUUGCGAUGAUUCUCAACACCUUCAUCCUCCCCGUCAUCGUCUUCACAGGCCUGGUGGGGAACACCGUAUCUUGCAUGGUGUUCGUCGGCAAGGAUCUACGCCGCCUCUCCUCCAGCGUUUACGUCCUCGCCGUGCUCAUCUCCGACACGGGGACGUUGUUGUCCCUGCUCUCAGUGUGGCUGGAAGUUCUCGGAUUUCAAAUAAAUCAUAUGCAGGGUAUAUGUCAGCUGUUCGUCUACCUGACCUAUGUGUGUAGCUUCCUUUCUGCUUGGUACAUGGUGUGUAUAACGGUGGAGAAUUUCAUUACGAUCUGCCACCCCAUGAAGGUGAAGGUUAUGUGUACAAAGAACCGCGCAAGCGCAGUUGUGGUUAUACUAGCUGCAGCCGCCAUGCUUAUGUACAGCGUCACUGUGAUCACGACUCAGGUGCGGACGGAUGCUUAUAACAGACAGCUGUGUCAUCAGAACCCGGACUUCGACUUCUUGGUGUCCGUGUAUACGUAUGUUGAUUCCAUAGUGACCCUUCUACUUCCGGUGUCAAGUAUAGGGUUUAUGCUCGUGGCCAUGGGCUUCUCUAUAGCGAAUACGGUUCGAUGGAGAAAAAACAGUCCACGGACUGACAGCGCACGGAGAUGUAUUAAAAGUCCGCAAGUCCGAGUGACAAAGAUGCUGUUUGCACUUUCAACGACAUUUUUAAUAAUGAAUGCUCCCUUGCAUUGCAUGAGACUGUACUACCUUCUCAGGGACAGUGCCAAUGUCCCCACGCAGAUGUCCCACACUGCAGGGCUGGUGCAUCUUUUUCUGCUGUUUAUCUCCUACUCGCAUUGUGCAGUGAAGUUCUUCCUGUUUAUUGGGUUCAGUAAAAACUUCAGAAAAAGUUUGAAAGAAUCGGGAUGCAUGUUUUCCGCUUGUACAAAAGACGUGAACUCUUCAAGUCAAGUCUACGUAUAGACCGGUUCAAAGCCUGCCCAAUCCACAAGUGUUUACUAUUUGGCUUUUAUUGUCUCCAGACUAAUGAGGUUUAACUGUAUACCAUUGUCAUGGCAACUGUUUCAUCAUAGCAUUGUUCUGGAAGGUGAGGUGAAAUGGGGUUUAACGGCGCGUCCAAGAGUAUUUCACUUGUAUAGCGGCGUGCAUGACGUGUGUGUUUGGCUCCUUGUACUAGUCCGGAGUGAUGCUGAUUUAUAGUGCUA